AUGGUCAAGGCCAAGCAAGGCAAAUCAGCGGCUCCAUCUGCUCGCGCCGGUCCCCCUCUUCCAAACCGAGAUGUCUUUCACCGUAUCAAUUUUGCACAUCAAGCCGCGGCGUUCUUGCAGCAGCUUGUCCCAGCGUCUGGCUCGGGACCCAGCGUACGCGCUGGUCCAUCGAAGAAGAAGAAGGCAGGGCGUGGCAGUAAUGGGCGAGGCGAGACGGAGCGGGGAACGGUGCCGGAACAGGCUGUGACGGUCGAGGGAGUGGAGGGAGAGAAGCAGGACAGAACGGUCGAGUGGGGGCGACUUGCCAGGAAGGGGACGAAGGAGAUGAAGAAGAUGGCUGUACAUACCCAGAUCAAGCUUGACCCCUCGAUCAAGCGCGCUAUCUGUAAAACAUGCUCGACGGUAUUAAUUCCCGGUCUGACUUGCAAAGUCCGCAAUCGACCGAGCAAGACGCAUACUCACAAGACCCACUAUACCUGCCUCGCCUGCCAAGCUAUCCGAAGCAUCCCGAACCCUCCCAUUCUCGAUGCUUUGUCCGCUACCUCUACCUCGGACUCGAGCCCUGUCGUCGCAAGUAAGCGACAACCAGCAAAGAUGGCGUUCCAUGAGAGGGAGGAAGUGGCGGAUGAUGCUUCGCAGAAUGGAGGAGGGCAGAAGAACGGACAAGUGGACGGCAAGAAGGGGCAUUUGCUCUGGCGGGGCGAUACGUGCCUGAGCGGUUGGGGCGCUGUCCCUACCGAGGCCGAGGCGGAGGGAACCAGCGCGACCUGA